AUGGCUUGUAUAGCUGGGCAGACAUUGUCCACCAUCCUCAACUCCAGUGCAACUUCUACCCUUAUCAUGAAUUGCGAAUUCUUCUGGUCCUUCAAUGAGAAUGCCAGCGUGCUUGUCAAAACAGCAAAUCACGGGACCUUACAAAUGUCAGGCAGAGGAAACUGUGUUGCGGAACUCACCAUUGAUGAUAAGUGUCAACAAAUCCAGCUAAGUGAUUGCCUUCAUGCACUGGGAGCAUUAAUUAACCUUAUGUCCAUCGGACGAAUGCUGAAGAAAGGGUGGGAAUGUAACUUUGACAGUGAAGAGGAUCCUGUCAGCACAUCUCUGCCACUCACUCCUGCUCCAUCAGCAUCACCUGCACCUGCACCAUCCACACCCACAGUCCCUGACGACCCUCGUCAUUCAUUAUGCUCUUGGGUUCUCACAAAGGCAGGACAAGCCUAUGCUGACAAACACGAACAAUUAGCAUCUCUAUGUGAGGCAUGUGCAGGUUACGCUCAUGAAAACACUGUCAGUGAGGGGGUGCCACCUGAUCUACUUGAGGGGGUGAGUUUCUCACAAGAGGAUGAGCUGAUGGAGAAUAUCAAAGCCAAUACCAAUGUCCCCAACAACAAGAAACGCAACCCCCACACUCCCGACUAUGACAUGAGUAUUCCACCAGCUACUUAUGAUGAGGCAAUGAAACAGCUGGAUAGCACUUAA